AUGGUAUACGGUGGCUCGGAGGUCAGGGCCCUGAGCUCCGAGACCCACCUGGAUGACGUGAUAGCAACCAGGAAGGUCACCUUCCAUGAGAGGGUGACCACCCCACUACACACACACACUUUACUGCAUAUUCCUGGAGACUCUGUAUGUGUGCAUCACCACAUACACACCUCAGUAUUUACAGUGACUAGAUCCAUUAUUUUCCUUCUCUUCCCACAGAUUUUCCCAGAAGCGGAGGGAUGGCCAUUUCCAAAGUAUUUGGGGUCCUGUGGCCGGCUGAUUGUCACUGCCAGCACCAGGCCUUUAAAGGAGUUCUACAGCUCUCCUCCUGAGGUGGCGGCAGAUCUGGCUCUCCAGCUCCUCUCUCUUGUCAAUUCCAUGAGGAACAAUGACAUGAACUAUUUCUUUUAUUUCGUCCAUGUUGAUGCUGGCACAUUUGGCAUUUUUAACAAUGGGCUUCUGUUCAUCCGGGAUGCCAGCACACUGGGAAUCAUUGACAAGCAGGAAGGUCUCCAGAUGACUGAUGAGCAACAGGAGUAUAAAGACAUAUUUAGCUGUUUGGCUUCGGACUGCCAGUCUGCAUUUCCCUCCUGUAAUUCAGUCAAAGAGAAGCAGAGCCUCGUUAUGGUGUGUCAAGAGCUUCUACCUAAGCUCCUAAAGGGAAAAUUCCUCCAACCUGUUCAGGAGAAAAUAGACAGGUUCCUAAGGCUCUGUGCAGACAGCUUCAGAGCAGACCAGGAAGUCAGUGAUGCCGCUGGAAAGUUGACAGAGCUCUUGAAAUCUUUGCAAUCUUGCGAUUCCCAUUUUGCCUACCGCUACCCUGACUGCAAAUACAGUGACAAAUACUAACGGCUGAGAGAAAGCUCUUCUUGAAAGAGUGGAGUGGUGUGCACACAGCUCAGCUCUCACAGAAAGUGAAGAGGCUUCAGGAUGGAGAUGAAAGGAGGAUUCAUAGAAGCCCUGGCUUCCUAGCAUGAUACCAGAGAGAAGCAGCAUAACACACCUAGGGCUUCCAUCUGACUCAGACACACUUAUCACAUUGGUGUGUUUGGUAUGAUGUGAAGUCUUCACUUAAGUGUUAUAACAUUUCAUGAAUGACCUGAAUUAAGAGAUGAAUAAAUCUUAUUAAUGCAUUUUGGUCUUAGAGGAAUUUUGCAUGGCAGCCAUAAAGAAAAAUUAAAUACUAAGCCACCUUGGUCACAACUAGGUGGAGUCGUAUACUGGCAGAUAACACAGAUCCUGCUGAUAAAGACUAUACAAAUUAUAUGAGAUGGAUGGAAACAUUUAAGACUGUCCUUGUGGGGCUAUAUUAGUGUCAUAAAAUUUAUCUUCUCUGAAUUGAAUUAUCUGAUCAGUUUGCUACCAUUAUGUUACUAUUAUGAUUGCCAAUUAAUUUGAUGUUAUAUGGGUUGGAAAGAAGCAAUAGAUAGCAUUAAAGAGCUGAAAGCUCCCA